UCUGAUGAAGACUGCAGGUUUGGUCCUCGAAACAACAAAGGGCCACCGUAGAAUACACCGGAGAGUACCGGUAUAAAUUUCAGCAGGUGCACAGCCAACUUCGUCCCUCCCUCUGCUCGGCGGGGGCGGGGGAGUGGCCUGCGUCACACCUUAUACCUUCGCCCUGCAACCUGUGCGAGUGGGUGUGCCCCGAUACUGUGAAGGGUUGAUGACACACAUAACGCCACAGAGCCAGUCGCCAGAUACACUCACAGACAGAGGAAAGUCAUGGGGAAGACAGGUGGAAGAGGCGACUUUGAAUGGGUCUACACUGACCAGCCGCACACUUCAAGAAGAAAAGAAAUCCUGGCCAAAUAUCCAGAGAUCAAGUCUCUGAUGGGUCCAGACCCCCAGCUGAAGUGGGUGGUAUCAGGCAUGGUCCUAACCCAGCUCCUAGCCUGCUACCUGGUCCGUGACCUGUCCUGGAAGUGGAUCUUCUUCUGGGCCUACGCCUUCGGAGGCUGCAUUAACCACUCCCUGACCCUGGCUAUCCACGACAUCUCUCACAACGUGGCCUUUGGCAACAAGCUGGCGAAGUGGAACCGCUGGUUCGCCAUGUGGGCCAACCUGCCCAUCGGGCUGCCCUACUCGGCCUCCUUCAAGAAGUACCACAUCGACCACCAUCGGUAUCUGGGAGGGGACCAGCUGGAUGUCGACAUCCCCACAGACUUUGAGGGAUGGUUCUUCUGCACCCCGGCCAGGAAGGUCCUAUGGCUCUUCCUCCAGCCGUUUUUCUACGCCCUGCGCCCGUUGGUGGUCAAUCCUAAACCAGUGUGUCAGCUGGAGAUCCAGAACGCAGUAGUUCAGCUCACAGUAGACUUGAUUAUCUACUAUCUGUGGGGGCUGAAGCCCAUUGUUUACCUCAUUGCAGGAUCUAUCCUGUGUAUGGGCCUGCAUCCUAUCUCUGGACAUUUCAUAGCUGAGCACUACAUGUUCCUGAAGGGACAUGAGACAUAUUCUUACUAUGGACCACUGAACUUGAUCACCUUCAAUGUCGGAUAUCACAUGGAGCACCAUGACUUCCCCAGCAUACCUGGCAGUAAACUACCUCAGGUCAAACAAAUUGCCGCCGAGUAUUAUGACUCCCUGCCUCAACACACUUCCUGGACCCGUGUAUUAUGGGACUUUGUGUUUGAUGACAGCAUCGGCCCCUACGCCAGAAUCAAACGGGAGUACAAGCUAAGCAAGCAGGAGUAGAUCUAUGACUGAUUAUACUUCCCAUUAAACAUAAAAUGUGAUAUUUGGUUGUUAAAAAUCUAUGGACCUCUAAGAAAUACAAACCGUUUCUGUAUAGUGUGUGGUUGUCACUGUAUGUACACUUUCUAACAUGUUGGAUGUUCUCAUCUUUGAUUGGUCCUGUGGUUGCGUUACUGUAUAGCAAAUUAAUGCGUACAUAUCAGUUGCAUACAUACAGUUUAUGGAGACUGGAAUGCUACAUAAACAGCCAGGUGAUUUUCAUACCCCAUUAUUUAUGUGUCUAUUCCUGCUAGGAACAGAGGGCCCAUUGUCACGAUAACAGUGAUGGUAAUGGCAUUUUCUUGUACCCAGAUGACACUGAAAAGGACAAAAUGAUGAUGAAAAGCUAAUAUUUUCUUAUCUGCAAUUGAAGACAAGAAAUAACAGAAUUCAAUAUAAGCACCCUUAUUUUUUCAGAGACAAAGGUCACAUGCAUUCUCAUGAGGUUUUUAGAGAGCUGUCACUACCUAUGUGGUUUGCUACCCUGGCUUUGAGCAUUACGUCAGGCCCCUUAAGAAUUCAAUCAAGGCGCACAAAAGCCUCUCGGAUUACCUAAUACAAUUUCACAUGCAUCACGCAGAACUAGUGCUGAAGUGGAAAAUGAGCAUUGAAAACUUACCUUUCUGUAAGAGGAGCCUUUUCUUCAGUGACGCCCCAUUCUGCUUGUUUGUAGCUCCUCUGUGCUGUGAACAGUUUGAUUAUAGCGAUAGGGAGUGGACAAAAUAACAGAAACACCUUUACAAUAAAAAAAAAAAAAAAAAAACGAACUCUGUGUUGCAGAGAUUCCUCUUCUAACCAGUUUUAGUCUUUGUUCACUUUUCCUAUAUUUAACCCAUAUCUUAUCUAAGUGGAGGAGUGUUGCACCAACAUUUGACUGACUGACUGAUUCACCAGCAACUGAGGCAGCAUCGCAGGUGAGGCCUAUUAGGCUGAGUACCAGUCUUUGUUUUUACGCUGUGAAUAUCCAAGGCAAAACAGGAAAACCUCCUGCCGGGGCACCAAUAGGCCUUACCUAGGCUGAUGAUGCUUCCAGCACAAAAUACAAAGUGAAUGUACUGAGGUGAAGAAAAAUACCCUGAAAUCACAAGGGCCAAACAAAACAGAAUAAACAAAAACUCAAGUCCCUUAACACCACAAACUACAACAAACAAUUUAAUAUUUGUUAACAGUGUUUCUGUUAUUUUUUCCUCCCACUGUAUAUACAGCUUAAUGUGUUGUGAUUGAUACCUAUGAUAUUUGUUGUUUAUAUUUAAAUGACUAUAAAAUGUAUUAAAAAAGAUCUUUAUAAGAAGAUAUUACUAUAAAUAAUACAGAUUUGUGGUUGA